CUGAGCUCUAUGGUCAGAUAUAGACAUAUUCAAACAUUUGUAGCAGCUCACAGAGGCAUAGUGACAUUGAAUUGAAAGCUUUAACAUCUCGCAAGAGUUCCACCAUGAUGGCGUUCUGGGUGAAGACGUUUUUUCUUGCUGUCAACAUGCUAUCAUCAGCCGUUCGAGGGAGAGUGGAAAAAGAGCUGUCUCCAGAGUGCAGAGAAUUCCUCUACAUGGGAACACCGCCGAGUGGAGUGGAGCAUCAGUCCCUCCACUUCAUUUGUCAACACUACAACAAGAAGCCACGCUAUGUGACACUGUACAACAUCGUGGACCACAUACCUGUCUACUCAGCCUACACAUUCAAACGCUCAGACGGGGAGAAAUGUGUGGAUGUCCCAUGGAUGUACGAACCUCAGCUAUCCACAUACACUGACACAGGUGAGAUGCAGCCUUUCCCGAGCGGUUACAUGCACAGGAAUUUUGAAGAUGCCCAAGCUGUUCUAGAUGAUUAUACAAAUGCCAUCCAUUACGAGCGCGGUACCCUCAACCCAGACGCGCAUCAGAACGAACCGGAUGACAAAGCCUCCACCUACACCCUCACCAAUGUUGUGCCGAUGGUGCCGGACUUCAUCAACAGAGUUUGGAGCAGACAGGAGCACAUCAUCCGCAAACGGCUCAACAAUUACUGCCGUGGUACCGCUUACAUUGUCACAGGUAUCACCACCUCAGGGAAGAUGAUUCGCCGGCAAAACAUGAACCGCAUCGCAGUGCCCACAUACUUGUGGUCGGCUUAUUGCUGUGUCGACUUCGACCACAACACGCCCUAUAACGAGCGCCAUAAAUUCCCAUCUUUUGCCCACUACGGUCUCAACGAGCACAACAAUGAGUUGAUGGAGGUCUCAGUGGAGAAGCUGAAGGAGUUCCUCACAAGGACAACUUUUGUAGAUCAGAACUUUCAGAUCUUUGUGAAGGAUUGUGUACCAGCAGCUAGUAAAACCAAAUAGGUAAAGAUAUAACUACAUAGAAGCUACAAGGCCAUCGUGUCUCCACUGUCUCUUCUUCUUACUGAAGCUAAAUUAGUUUUGACUUAUAUGGAAAGUGAAGGUGAUAUGAUGGCAUUAACAAUGAACCUGCUUGAUUUUUGACGUCCCAGGCAGGUUAGUGUGAAGGAAAUGCAUCGAGUCAUUGUUUGUUUAUUCACACCAUUGUGCUGAACCAUGCUGUAAAAUGUCAAAUGUGACAAUAUUUGGAGCAUAAUAAACUAUCUUAAUUAUGUAAAAAAAUUAGGAAUUUGUAUUUUUUGUUUCAAAACACAUUUAAAAACGAAUUUGUUUAACAGAUCUCUCAAUCAUUUGAACACCCUACAUUAUGCCUCACUCAAAAUGU